AUGUCUCCAUAUAUUUUAAUAGGUUUCCUUCUUUAUAGAUCAUUUAAAGCAUUCUCAAAUCCAGGAAAUAAAAUUUUCCAACAUGGAAAAUCAACUGCUCAAAGAUUUGAAAAACAACAUUCAAAUGUCAAAUUUAAAGAUGUAGCAGGUCUUGGUGAAGCAAAGGUUGAAAUUGAAGAAUUUGUAAACUUUUUAAAAAAUCCAAAGAAAUUCCACGAUAUAGGCGCUAAAAUUCCAAGAGGUGCAAUUCUUGUUGGUCCACCAGGUACUGGUAAAACUUUAAUUGCCAAAGCAACUGCUGGUGAAGCAAAUGUACCAUUCUUUUCAACCUCAGGUUCAGAUUUCGUUGAAAUGUUUGUUGGUGUUGGUCCAUCAAGAGUUAGAGAUUUAUUCGAUUUAGCUAGAAAGAAUGCACCAUGUAUUGUUUUCAUUGAUGAAAUUGAUGCCAUUGGUAGAGCAAGAGGUCAAGGUGGCUUCUCAGGCGGUAAUGACGAACGUGAAAAUACUCUUAAUCAAUUGUUAGUUGAAAUGGAUGGUUUUACUCCAUUAAAAAAUGUAGUAGUUUUAGCAGCAACCAACAGACCUGAUAUUUUAGACAAAGCUUUAUUACGUCCUGGUAGAUUUGAUAGAAGAAUUACAAUCGACAAUCCAGAUUUAAAGAGUAGAGAAGAAAUCUUUAGAGUUCAUCUUGCAAAUUUAGUUUUAGAUAAAAGUAUCAACUAUGCCGAAAAGCUAUCCAAAUUAACACCAGGUUUCAGUGGUGCCGAUAUUGCCAAUGUUUGUAAUGAAGCUGCUCUUAUUGCUGCUCGUAGAAAUGCCGACCUAAUCACUCUUGAGCAUUUUGAUGCUGCUAUCGAUCGUAUCAUUGGUGGUUUAGAAAAGAAAAAUAAAGUCCUCUCUCCACAAGAAAAGAAGACUGUUGCCUAUCAUGAAGCUGGUCACGCUGUUGUUUCAUGGUUCCUUAAACACUGUCACCCACUCUUAAAAGUCUCAAUUGUCCCAAGAGGUGUAGCUGCCCUCGGUUAUGCUCAAUAUUUACCAAAAGAACAAUUCCUUCAAAACAAAGAACAAAUUUUUGAUAUGAUGUGUAUGGCUUUAGGCGGUCGUGUUGCCGAACAACUUACCUUUGGUACCAUUACUACUGGUGCUCAAGAUGAUCUUCAAAAAAUUACUAAAAUGGCCUAUUCUCAAAUAUCAAUUUAUGGUAUGAACGAAAAGGUUGGUCCACUUUCUUUCCCACGUAGAGAUAACUCUGACCUCACCAGACCAUAUUCAGAAGAAACUGCUGAAUUAGUAGAUGAAGAAGUCAGAAAAUUACUUAAAGCUGCAUACGAUAGAACAAAAGAAUUACUUAUUGAACAUAAAGAUGGUUUAGAAAGUGUUGCCAAACUUUUAUUAGAAAAAGAGGUUAUUCAUUAUGAAGAGGUAGAAAAUGUUUUAGGUAAAAGACCUUUCGAAAAAACUAAAGAAGAAUUAAUUCACUUAGGUAAAGCCGACGAAGAAAAACCAAACGAAUCCACCGAAACUAUUAAUCAAUCCCCAUAA